AUGACAAUCAUUCAGUUGGUCGAAAACCAACACGAAAUCAGUGAUGAACAACAAGCACAACCUCCACCGCCGGCACAACAACAACAACAAGAUCUUAGCGAUGAAUGCAAGAAACUCCUCCUCUCCCUACCGAAAGAGAGAGGUUGGAGGACCCCCCACCUCUAUUGGUUCCAAAACUUUUGGUGCCAAACCAAGGAGAUUCAGGCCAUAAUCUCCUGCCAAAAACACCUUCAAGCACAAGACACCGAUAUCGUCCUAUCCACCAUCCCAAAAUCAGGCACCACCUGGUUGAAGGCCCUGGCGUUCGCGGUCAUCCAUCGCAAGCGUUUCGACAUGGAAAAGGACCAUCCCUUGAUGACAUCAAAACCUCAUGACCUUGUUCCUUUCCUAGAAUACAAGCUCUAUGCGAACCGCGACCGAUCUCCUGACUUGUCCUAG